AUGUCGUUCCCCCUUCUUCCACGUCUUUCGUCACUUGACGCUUUACAGAUUAAGGAUUUUGGCAUAACAGGCCAUGUUGUAAUAGCGUACAGUGCUUUAGAAUUGAGUAAGCAUUGGAUUCACCAGUUCCCCCAUGAGUUAUCAAUUUAUGUCUCGGUAGAUGAGAAGGUUACCUUGGAUCAAAUUGUCGAGUUAUUGAACAAUGGUGUUGAGAGGGUAUUUAUAUAUGAUGGCGAUCAGUACCAGCAGUGUAUUGACGCCGGAUUGCCUGCUUCACGAUUUGCUAGCACUCUGCUUGAACUAACCUCAUCAUCAUCAUCUUCUUGUCUCAUCACAAGGCAAAAAAUCAACGACACAAGUGUUUAUGGGAACAGAGACAUAUAUUUCGAGUUUGAAAAACAUCCACUGCAAGAAGAAGUUAAUGAAGUGGCUCAAUUGGGAUUAAUUCCUAUAAUAUCAGCUGAUGUUUUGACCACAAAGAAGGAAGAAAAUGGCAAAGUUUCAAUCUCAUCGAUUUUCAUAAGUACUUUGGUUACAGAUAGACCAGACGGGUUGUAUACCACCUUAAUAACGUCACCGGCCCCAGAAUAUACUGCAUUGGGUAUAGUAUACUCGUCUAAAGCCUCUAUCGAAGCAGCAAUUGAAGAAAAAGUUGGGGUGUAUCAAUCAAGAAAAAGAACCCAUGAAUUGUGGUACAAGGGUAAAACAAGCGGUGCCACACAAAAGCUUGUUAGGAUAGCCAAGGAUUGUGACUCUGACGUGGUUCAAUUUGUUGUUGAAUCUAGGAAGGGUUAUGGCUUUUGUCACAAGGAAACUCAGUAUACCUGUUUUGGUGAUGAACCUGUUGAAUCUCUGGGCAAAGGAUUGGUUAAAUUGGAUAAAACUUUACAGGAAAGAUUUGAAAAUGCACCAGAGGGAUCGUAUACUAAGCGAUUAUUUGAUGACGAAAAUUUACUCGUUGCAAAAUUGAAGGAGGAAUUGGACGAAUUGAUCGAGGCCAAGGGAAACAAACAUGAGGUAGCUUGGGAAGCUGCAGACUUGUUGUAUUUUGUUAUGUGUUGGAGUAUCAAGAAUGGUGUUAGCUUAGUCGAUAUCGAGAAAAAUUUAGAUGUCAAGUCUUUGAAAGUUACUAGAAGGAAAGGUGAUGCAAAACCAAAGUAUAUUAAAUCUGAAAAGGAAACAACAAAGUCCACCAGCACCACCAGCACCAGCACCACUUCUGCUGCUACUACUGCCACCACUACUACCGAAUUGGCGGAAAAUUCAUAUAGGAUGGAAACUAUUGUUGUGGAUGAUAUGGAAUCACCCGAAGUCGUUCGAGCAAUGACAAGGCCCGUACAAAAAACUUCGGAUAUAAUGAAACUCGUGCUUCCUAUUAUUGAAGAUGUCAAGACAAAUGGAGAUAAUGCACUCUUGAAAUUAACAGAGAAAUUUGAUGGUGUUAAAUUGACUACACCAGUACUAUUAGCGCCAUUUCCUGGUGAAUUGAUGGAUAUUACACAAGAAAUGAAAGAUGCUAUAGAUUUAUCAAUGUCGAAUAUCGAAAAAUUCCACAGAGCUCAACUUCCCAAGGAGAAAGUUUUAACUGUAGAGACUUGUCCCGGUGUUUAUUGUUCUAGAUUCGCUAAACCUAUUGAAAAUGUCGGGCUUUAUGUACCUGGUGGAACCGCAGUUUUGCCAUCAACAGCAAUGAUGUUGGGUGUACCUGCAAAAGUUGCUGGCUGUAAAAACAUUGUGAUUGCAUCGCCACCAGCUAGAUCUACAGGGAAAUUAACCCCAGAAGUUGUUUAUGUUGCUCAUAAAUUAGGCGCACAAAGUAUUGUCAUGGCCGGAGGAGCGCAAGCUGUAACGGCAAUGGCAUAUGGUACUGAAACUGUAAUCAAAUGCGAUAAGAUUUUAGGUCCUGGAAAUCAAUUUGUGACCGCUGCUAAGAUGUAUGUUCAAAACGACACCCAAGCGUUGUGCUCUAUAGAUAUGCCAGCAGGACCAAGUGAAGUUUUGGUUAUUGCAGAUGAGAAUGCGGAUGCAGAUUUUGUAGCUAGUGACUUAUUAUCUCAAGCUGAACACGGUAUUGAUUCGCAAGUUAUAUUAAUUGGUAUUAAUUUGAGUAAGGAGAAACUCGAAUCUUUUCAAGAUGCAGUUACUAAACAAGCUUCAUUGUUGUCUAGAAAGGAGAUUGUGGCAAAAUGUUUGUCGCAUUCGUUUAUUUUGCUUGUCAAGACGUAUGACGAAGCUUUUGAAUUAUCAAACAAGUAUGCACCAGAGCAUUUAAUUUUGCAAAUUGAUAAUGCCAAGACAUAUGUUCCUGACUAUGUUGAAAAUGCAGGUUCCGUGUUUGUUGGAGCUUUAUCACCUGAGUCCUGUGGUGAUUAUUCCUCUGGAACUAAUCAUACUUUACCAACAUAUGGUUAUGCAAGACAAUAUAGUGGUGUAAAUACUGCAACCUUUCAGAAAUUCAUUACUUCCCAAGAUGUAACAAAAGAUGGAUUGGAAAGUAUCGGUAAAGCAGUUAUGACCUUGGCUCGCGUCGAAGGAUUAGAAGCACAUAGGCGAGCUGUUGAAAUAAGGAUGGAGAAACUAGGAUUACUUUAG